CGGUUCCCUUUGCGAGCGUCUAGAAUAGAUUUAAUCAAUUAGCAGGGAUUACCCGCUCUCUCCCCCAAAGGUUAUUGUUAACACUGCCUUCCCACACGUCCGAGAACCCCAAGCGGGCCCCGACUUUUGAGCAAGGCCCGACUUUGAGCCCUGGUCGGAACAUGACUACAGCACUAGAUCCUCAGAUGGACGGGCCCCUGGAGGUGGAAGGAUGCCCAAUCAUGAUGCAAAAGGACCCCGCUUGGAUAGCAGAGUGUCUAACGGAAGGCUUGGACAGCUCCGAGUCUGAGACCUUUCGCAAGUGCUUCAGGCAGUUCUGUUACCAGGACGUGACCGGACCUCAGGAAGCGUUCAGUAAACUCUGGGAACUUUGUUGGCGGUGGCUGAAGCCAGACACGCGCUCCAAGGAGCAGAUCCUAGAACUGCUGGUGAUCGAGCAGUUUCUCACCAUUUUACCGGAGAAGCUGCAGGACUGGGCACAGAAGCAGUGUCCCGAAAGUGGAGAGGAGGCAGUGGCCUUGGUAGUCCAUCUGGAGAAAAAGACUGGGAGACGGAGACAGCAGCAGGUCAGCAGUCCUGUGCACUCAAAGAGUCCAUCCUCGCUUGGAGCACGGUGGGACGUGGCAAGUUUUCACCCAGAACUGAUGCAGACCCAGCCGCAGGUGGUGUGUCUGGAGGAAGCUGGAACCCUCCGCUCAGGACACCGGGAACAGCUGAACGAUCCAAGAGAGCACCGGCCGUGUCCCAAGAAUGCUCAACCUUCUCCUUGGGUUCCUGCCCCUGCUGAUGAAUGGGACACCCGAGAUCCAGAAGUCACAGUCACAUACCUUUCUACUGGAUCGCAGGGACCCGUGAAAGAUAUCCACAUGACAAAGGGUUUCCCCUACAAAAAGAAUGUGCAUCCUAUUCCUGCGAACAGAGACCUCUCCCGGGAGAUCAGGAAGGAGAAUGUUGGGAACAUGGUCUCCUUGGGAAGUUCGACAUCUAGCAAGACAGCCCAGUUGGAGCAAAGAAAGGAGCUGUGGACUGUAGGCCUUCAUUCCUCUGAUAAGAGGAAUAUCCUGCGAAGCAAUUACAUCAAGGAAAAGCCAGUCCACGCUGUGCAGAUCCCGACAAGAAAUGCGGGGAACACCUGGCAAGAGCCGCAACAGUGGGGUUUAGAAGAUGAGAAAAUAGCAGGUGUACAUUGGAGCUAUGAGGAAACUAAGACAUUUCUUGCAAUUCUCAGAGAGUCCCGCUUUUAUGAAACACUUCAGGCAUGUCCCCGAAACAGCCAGGUAUAUGGUGCUGUGGCUGAAUGGUUGCGGGAGUGUGGCUUCCUCCGUACACCAGAACAGUGCAGGACCAAGUUCAAAAGUCUCCAGAAGAGCUACCGCAAAGUGAGAAAUGGCCAUGCACUUGAACCCUGUGCCUUCUUUGAAGACAUGGAUGCUUUGUUGAAUCCCACGGCCUAUGCUUCGUCCACUGAUAAACCAAAGGAGAUCAUCUCGCUCCCAAGACUAAAGAGAAUUGUUACUCAUAGUAAAGAACAGGUGGGUUUGGUGGAAGACGACGACGGCGCAGAAGAAUCUGAUGGUGAUGAAAUAGACAAUGAAGUAAUCCAGAAAUCCGAGAUGCGUAGUGCUCCUGUUUUGUUUCAGAACCUAAGUGGUGUGCACUGGGGCUAUGAGGAAACCAAGACUUUUCUUGAUAUUCUCCGUGAGACUCGGUUUUAUGAAGCACUUCAAGCCUGUCAUCGCAAGAGCAAAUUGUAUGGGGCUGUAGCUGAACAGCUACGGGAGUGCGGCUUCCUCCGUACACCAGAACAGUGCCGGACUAAGUUCAAAAGCCUCCAGAAGAGCUACCGCAAAGUGAGAAAUGGCCAUGUCCUAGAGUCGUGUGCAUUCUACAAGGAGAUGGAUGCCCUGAUUAACUCUCAGACAUCUACGCCUUCUUCCACUAGCAACCCAGAAAUGCCGACACUCUCAAGGCAAGAAAGAGUGGGCAUUGAGAUUGAACUCCAGGAACCCACAGACUGGGAGCCUGAGGAAAUUUCACAGGACGCCAUAGAAGACUCAGACAGUGAGAAAAUGAGUGAGGAGGAAAUUAUCCAAGAAGCAGAAUUCCAGGCCUCUCCUACUACACUGCCAAACCCAAGUGAUUUUGAAAUUGGAAGUAGCUUCAAAGAAGAGCCAGCACAGGUACUAUUUAAGGACAUUGAACAGCAUAAAACCAUAGUCGAAAAAUCCCAAAAGACUAUUUCCCAGACGACGGAGCCUCGUAACUAUCACAAAAGGGAAUGCAUCUCAGGAAAACAAUUGGAAAGCCUUCAAGAAUUUAAACAGGGAACGCUGGGAUCUCAGCCUAGAGAUUUAGGGAAAGCUGUAGUGCAUCAAAGGCCUUUCAUGGGAAAGAGACCCUAUAGAUUUCUCAAGUAUGGCGAAAACUUUGGAAGGAGUGCUCGCUUGAUGUGCCGGACGACCCACCAAAAGGAAAACCCUUGUAAAUGUAGCAUCUGUGGAAAGUGCUUUGGUAGAAGCCGGAGCCUAAUUAAGCACCAAAGAAUACACACGGGAGAAAAACCUUUUAAAUGUCUUGACUGUGGGAAAAGCUUUAAUGACUCAUCAAACUUCGGUGCCCAUCAGAGAAUUCACACCAGAGAGAAACCCUACAGAUGUAGAGUGUGUGGAAAAUGCUUCGGCCAAAGCUCAAGUCUCAUUAUACAUCAGCGAAUCCACACAGAGGAGAAUCCUUACCAGUGUGAAGAGUGUGGGAAAAGCUUCAACAACAGUUCUCACUUCAGCACCCACCGCAGAGUACACCUCAGUGAGAAUGCCUACAGGUGUGCAGACUGUGGAAAAGCAUUCAGUACUGGUACAAAAUUUCGAGAACAUCAGCGGACACAUACUGGAGAGAAACCCUAUGUCUGUGCCCAGUGUGGUAAACGCUUCAACAAGAGUUCGUUUUUUAUCAAACACCGGGACGUUCAUAGGCAUGAAAAACUCCUGUACCCAUCGUCUACGUAUUCCCUGGAGAACCCACAUAAGGAAAAGAUGGAAGGGUUUAGGAAAACAUUUUGAUUAAAAACCUCUUCUUAAAGGUCCCUUUAGCCAUUUUAACCUAAUAUCACUAUUAGAAGCAAUCACCUAAUAUCACUAUUAGAAGCAAUCUUUCCCAAGCUCUAAGGCAGCGGUU